CUUUAUCCCGCUGCCAAGUCAAGUCCCACCCCGCCGCAGCUUGACAACCGCAAUUCCGCCAUGGCUGGUCAUCCACACGAGGUCUCGGAGGAGUCUGAGUCAGAGGAGAAGCUCCACAUUCCGACCGACCUCCAGAAGCCUCUCAGCGAUGUUUCCUCGUCGACCGAGCUCGAAACGGUUCUCUCCACACUGGGUGCCUACCACCUCUACCGGCAAACAGCUCACAGCAACCUAACCCACCGUCGCCGACAUCAGUUCCACGCGCUGCCACGGUACCAGCAAUCGGUCCUGUCCGCCGAGCCAAUCAAUUACCUGGCCACGCUCGGCCGUCUGGAUGAAGCGAUAGAACACAAUGCGGAACUGGCCGAAGCCAUCUUCCGGCACUCCAUCGAAGCGUUCGGAAUCGAGCCGGAGAUCCUCAGUCGCAAGGACUGGCUGAUGAACGUCACAGCCGAGGACGUCGACAAGGUGCGGAGCACGCUGAAGCAGUUUUACCGCGACUGGAGUGCGGAGGGCGCAUCCGAGCGCGAAGUCUGCUACGCACCGGUGAUGGCGGCGCUCUCACAGCGGUUCGGGCACCUCUCGCCGGCAGAAAAGGGCCGGAUCUCGGUGCUGGUGCCCGGGGCCGGCCUGGGCCGGCUAGCAUACGACAUUGUCGUGGCGGGCUACGCAGCGCAGGGCAACGAGAACUCGUUCCACCAGCUGAUGGCGUCGAACUACGUCCUGAACUGCACGUCCGCGGCGCGGCAACACACAGUGCACCCGUUCAUCAACUCCUUCUCGAACCACCGGUCGAGGACGAACCAGCUGCGCGGGGUAGCGGUGCCGGACGUGCACCCGCCGGCGCUGCUGGCGCGCGCCGCAGAAGAGGACCGCUUCUCGAUGACGGCGGGCGACUUCGUGUCCGCGUACAACAACGCCGCCUCCGAGAGUGCGUUCGACGUCGUCGCCACUGUCUUCUUCAUCGAUACUGCCGUCAACAUCUUCUCGUACCUAGAGACGAUUCACCGCGUCCUGGUCGACGGGGGCGUCUGGAUCAAUUUUGGCCCCCUGCUGUGGCAUUGGGAAAAUCGUGAGGCGGAUCUGAAGGCUGCUGAUGAGGAUGCACAGGGUGUCGAGUUGACGGUCGAGGAGGUGCUGGAAGUCGCCAGGAAUAUCGGGUUCAGGCUGGAGAAGAGGGAGAAGGGGAGCUGCGGAGAGUACAUUGGCAACGGAGAGGGCGCUAUGCUGAAGUGGGUCUAUGAGUGUGAAUUUUGGAUUGCUGUCAAGAUACCGAGAGCGAAGGAGUGAGCUGAGGAUGGGGGUUUCGGGAGUGUUCCUUAAGUGAACAAACACCAGGCCAUCUUUUUUUCUUGUUCUUUUUUAGAGGCGAAACUCGUCCCUGAUGGAAUACCUGUUUCCAGUUAGUAGUGUACAUAUCCGCGACGUCGCACGGCAGCGAGGAAUGAAGCGUCGUGAAGUCAUUACCGUACAUGCGAAUACAGCGAGGAAUGAAGCGUCGUGA